AUGCGUCUUACUGAUACCCAGAAGAACCCGCGAUCAAAACGUGUCACAGAACAAUCCGCCCAAUCGACUUUUUCGACUUUUUCCCUGAAUCCCGACAAAUUAGGCGACCUUGUACAAUCCAAAGAUGUCCAGGAGUUCCAUGCCCUCGGUGGGUUAACAGGUUUAGAGGAAGGACUGCGAACCGACCUCCACUCCGGUCUGAGCCUGGACGAGACAUUCCUAGAUGCUCCUGUGAAUGUCGCGGCGAGUAUUACAAGCACCGCACCAACAGAAAAGGUCGUUAUCCAUGAACCACCAAUCCCGACAGAGCUCAGUCACGAUGCAUUCAUCGAUAGAAGGAAAUUCUUCGGGGACAAUCGCCUACCCAUAAAACCAUCCCCGAGCUUCAUAUCAUUGAUGUGGGCAGCCUACAACGACCAUGUGCUAUUCCUUCUAACAGGCGCUGCUAUUAUCUCGCUUGCUUUAGGGCUGUACCAGACAUUUGGAACUAAGCAUACUCCUGACAACCCGCCCGUUGAAUGGGUGGAGGGCGUUGCCAUCCUCGUCGCUAUUGUCGUCAUUACUCUUGCCGGUGCUGCGAACGACUAUCAAAAGGAGUACAAGUUCCGGAAACUCAAUAAGAAACAGCAAGAUCGUAAUGUCUGGGUCCUUCGAUCUGCGAGGGUUCAUGAGGUUCCUAUAUCAGAGGUUGUUGUUGGUGAUAUUGUCCAGAUCAGUCCUGGGGAUAUCGUGCCUGCUGAUGGGGUGUUGAUAAGGGGCCAUCAGGUCAAAUGCGAUGAGUCCUCGGCAACUGGCGAGUCUAAUCCGGUUGAUAAGAGCAUUAUCGAUACAAUUGGUCCUGAUGGCUCUCAUGAGGUCGACCCUUUCAUCCUCUCUCAUACCAAAGUCGUGGAAGGAGUCGGUAUGUACCUUGUCUUGGCUACAGGCACGAAAUCAAGCUACGGAAGAAUCCUACUCUCUCUCGACACCGAUCCAGGGUUCACCCCGCUUCAAGUACGGCUCAGCAGUCUUGCAAAGAACAUCGCGCGCUUUGGUGCACUUGCGGCGCUUGUACUGUUCGUAAUCUUGUUCAUCCAGUUCUGUGUCGGUCUCCGGAAUAGCACCGAAACAGCCUCGGAAAAGGGACAAUCGUUUUUGAAUGUUUUCAUUCUGGCCUUGACUGUCGUUGUGAUCGCAGUCCCCGAAGGACUUCCCUUAGCAGUUACACUUGCGUUGUCGUUUGCCACUACUCGAAUGAUGAGAGACAACAACUUGGUUCGGCAGCUCCGAGCAUGUGAAACGAUGGGACAAGCCACGGAUAUCUGUUCAGACAAGACGGGAACGCUGACACAAAAUGAAAUGACUGUUGUCUCGGGUUUCUUUGGAGCUACCUCGAAAUUUACUGAUCGAGCUAGCAGUACAAACAUUUUGGACGAAGAAAAGUCCUCAUCUGUGGCAAAAUGCAUGAGCGGUCUCUCGGGUCAAUCGAGGUCGCUUUUGAGGCAAUCUAUCGCGAUCAACUCGACUGCAAUUGAAAGCCAAUAUGACGGGGGUCGGCAGUUCCUUGGGCCCCAAACAGAGGCCGCCUUAUUAAGAUUCUCCCAGGACUAUCUCGAGCUUGGUCAGGUCAACGUUGAUCGUGCUAGUGUGGAAGUUGUGGAUCUUUUGCCCUUUGAUGCUUCUCGCAAAUACAUGGUCACAGUUGUAAAACUGGCUAGUGGGUUAUAUCGAUCGUAUGUGAAGGGUGCUCCUGAGAUUCUCCUUGGGAAAUGUGUGGCCACAAUUGCACAGCCAAUGCAGGGGCUUGAUACUGCUCCAAUCACCGAGGAGGGUAUUGAACAAAUACGCCAGACAAUUACUCAGUAUGCCUCACGAUCCUUGCGCACCAUUGCGAUUUGCUUCCGUGAUGUUGAGGAUUUGCCUUUUAGAGGCGAGGGGGAAACUGUCGACUUUGAAGAGCUGAUAAAAGGGCUUACAUUUCAAGGAAUUUUGGGUCUACAAGACCCUCUCCGGGUCGAUGCUUGGGAUGCUGUAGAUACCAGCCAUAAAGCAGGUCUCACUGUGCGCAUGGUUACCGGUGACAACCUUCUAACAGCAAGAGCCAUUGCAGAAGAAUGUGGAAUUAUCAAUAGUCCAGAUGAUCUUGUGAUGGAAGGCGAUGAAUUCCGUGCGCUAGACGAAUUACAGCAGAAGGAGCUAGUUCCACGCCUCAAAGUUCUUGCUCGAUCUCGUCCAGAUGAUAAACGCGUUCUGGUACAGCGUCUGAAGGAGCUUGGGAGAGUCGUUGCUGUCACUGGAGACGGCACCAACGAUGCCCCCGCCCUUGCAGCUGCUGAUAUUGGAUUCUCGAUGGGAAUAUCUGGCACUGAAAUUGCUCGUGAGGCUUCCUCUAUUGUCCUGCUGGAUGAUACAUUCUCUUCGAUUGUCAAAGCUAUCAUGUGGGGAAGAGCAGUCAGCGAUGCCGUCAAGAAAUUUUUGCAGUUCCAAAUCACCAUCACCUUCACCUCCGUGGGCCUGGCAUUUGUCUCGGCGGUAGCCAACUCGUCACAGCAGUCGGUUCUGACACCAGUGCAGCUCAUGUGGGUAAACCUCUUCCAAGACACUCUUGCCGCUCUGGCGCUAGCAACUGACCCUCCUCCUCGCCGGAUCCUUAACCGCAAACCUGAAGCAACAUCUACACCUUUGAUUACUCCUACCAUGUGGAAGAUGAUUAUUGGCCAAUCUGUGUAUCAGAUGGCAGUAACACUCGUCCUGUACUUCGCGGGGGCUUCUAUUUUCUCUUAUCACAGUGCUCUUCAAACAUCGCAGUUACAGACUGCUGUUUUCAAUACCUAUGUCUGGAUGCAGAUAUUCAACAUGUACAACAAUCGACAAAUUGAGCGAUCAUUUAACCUCAUCGAAGGAAUUCAUCAUAACUGGCUCUUCAUAGCAAUCACCUGCAUCAUGACGGGCGCUCAAAUCCUCAUUAUGUUCGUCGGCGGGCGGGCAUUCUCAAUCACAAAGUUGACUGGCGAUCAAUGGGCAUAUUCCAUCGUUCUUGGUGCCAUAUCUAUUCCCUUCGGGUUUCUUCUACAGGCUAUUCCCACUGUCGUUAUUGAUAAACCAAUGGCAGGCAUGGGGAGGCUAUGGGACCGCUUGCGCCGUCGGUGA